UUUGUGCUUAUGCACCAAAUAUAUGAUCUAUUUUGUGAUCAUCAUCAUCAUGACCUGAGGCCGCGUGUAUUGGACACUCGGGUAAAGAGAGGGGCGGAGCUGUCAACUGUGGUGAGUUGGGUUAGGUGGCAGAGGAAGCCAUUGGACAGACCUGGUAAACCCAAAUGUGUAGUAUGGGUGAACUGGGAACAUCUGGAGGAGGCCCCUGUCCGAGAGACCUUCAACUCCCACCUCGUGCGGAGCUUCUCCUGUGAGAGUUGUGUCCGAAUUCUUGGUCGUAAAUCAGACUUGUUUCCAGUGGGUGUUGGCCUCCGCAGGAACCAUGCCCUGAGAAUCAAGAAGAAGAUGGAGGGAGACCUAAAUCAGAUGGAGAUUCAGUUGAGCCAUGCCAAUCGUCAGGCUUCUGAGUCCCAUAAGCAGCUGAGGAAUGUGCAAGCACAGCUGAAGGAUGCACAACUGCACCUUGAUGAUGCUGUUAGAGCCCAGGAUGACUUCAAGGAACAAGCUAGUAUGGUAGACAGCAGGAACGGUCUCAUGGUGGCUGAAAUUGAGGAACUUGGAGCUGCUCUGGAACAGACAGAGAGAAGCUGCAAAAUUGCUGAUCAGGACCUGGUGGACGCCAGUGAGUGUGUUGGACUGCUGCACUCUCAGUGCGUGAGCUGGAGGCAGAGGUUGAGGCUGAGCAGAGACGUGGAGCAGAUGCUGUUAAGGGUGUCCGCAAAUAUGAGAGGAGGGUGAAGGAGCUCACCUAUCAGGCACAA